CUCCGCUCUCCUUCCUGUUUAUCCGAGCCAGCCAAUCAAAAGUUCAUGGGCGUGGCUAAAGGACACACACCACCUUGACUGCUCUUUCUUUCUGUGAAAUCCUAUUAGCAAAUUGCCUGUUGUCAUAGGAAGUAGGAUUUGUUGGCUUUUUUUUUUUGUCUCCGGCUCUGUGGUCUCUCGCACAGUGAAAUCCUGGGAUAGAGUCGAACGUAAAGUCCGUCACGUUGCACAGCGCCAUAUCUGUGCCUGCCUAACUCGAGUAGCGAUCUCCCUUCGUGGCUGCUUUGUUUUACAUGGAUUGGCUGUCAUUCCUAGAAAGGAAACCCCAACCACAAGGACAUCUCUAACAAAUGCAGAUGCUUCUGAUGAGCAUGGCAGACCCAAUGAUGAUGCCAGUGAUGCAUGGUGGACAUCCAAAUUAUAGAGUGGGAAUGAAUCCCAUGCAGGCACCACCUUGUCACCAGACCAGGACUAUGCCUAUGCAUUCCGGACACAUGAUGCAAUAUGGAUUUUCCAAUACUGAUGAAAACAUGAGGGCACGCAUGGGCAUGCAGCAGCAUGUACCAGCCCACAUGAUGUACCCUACACAAUCUCAGUCAUAUAUGGGCAGCACACAGCAGCUAAUGGCAACCAUGCACCUUCAGAGACUCAACACACAAUAUCAGGGACAACCAUUAAUGUCUAAUCCUGGACUGGCACAGACCCACCAAAUGUACAGAACUGCAUCUGCCCAACACCAACAUAUGCCUACAUUGAACGUGACUGACACAGACCUGGUGGAUGAAGACGUUUUGACAUCUUUGGCGCUUGAACUGGGCUUAGACCGAAUUGAAGAACUCCCUGAACUCUAUCUGGGUCACAAUGAAGUUGAUUUCAUCUUAGAUUUUGUAUGCAAACAACAAAGCAGCUCAGUAACCUGCUAAAGGUUCUGUAACUUGGAGACAACCGUAACCACAAAACUGCAUACUGUGUGCCUUGUGUUAGGCCUUGGAUAAAGUCCAUAUUGACUACCACUGUCAGAUUGUUGACUUGUUUAUGAUUCUUAUAUACUGAUCUUGAGAUAUUUAGGAUGAUGUAAAUGGGAAUGUUACUGUUAAGGUCACUCAGAAAUGUUCUUGGUUGCAAAAUGUAUGGGCUUCAGGCAGACACAAGGCUAUAUUAAUUAAGACAAAGGAUUUCAUGAAACCGGGCUUUCACAACCUGGAACAGGCUCAGAAGAAAUUUUGUGACAUUGCCUUUGCAUAAUAGAGUUCUGGUUGAUGCACCAGUUAAUGCACCAGUAAUUCCUGUCUUAAGUAUCAUGUUGGCAAUUAAAACCUUCUUAGAAUUCAGCCUUGUCACAGUUUUGGCAGGCUGCAUUAGUAUGCCACUGUUAAUAUGUUGAUUGUUCAUUGGGUAUCUACCUGCACUGUAACAGCAAUAUGGCCAACUUAAAAGAAGCUGUUAUAGCAAGCAGUAAUAUAUCUAAACUGUGAAACCACUGCAGCUCUUUCACUGUGAUUCCCAUAAAAUAUAUAGGGGGAUAAGUGUACGUUACCAGGUUCUCCCCUGUGUGUGGGACAUUAAAAUCUGCACUAUAUCUUCUAAUCCUUUUGCUGUAUAUAAGGGAUAAGUAAAGUUGCUUUAAUGUAUACAAUGUAAAAUUAUUUGUAAUGCUUGUAUUUAAAAAUAAAUCUAGUUGGCCUUAGGAUUAGCAAAAAAACACAUCCUAAAAAUCUCAUACUUUUAGUUAAAGGGCAAGCAACCUUUUUUUUUUUUCUCUUUUGAUUAGACAAAUGCAAAAAAACUGUACUUUGUUGAAGUUGUAAAAAAUAUAGUUCUGUAUGUAUCCAAGUCAUACCAAUGAAUACUUCCCUAAAAAUGAGGUUGAGUAAAUCACCAUAUGGUUUUCACUCACUCUGAUUAAAACUGGCACACAUUUGAAAUUGUUGCGUGCCUCACAAAAAUUGGGACGGUUAUUUCAGGCCUGAAUCUGCCCUGGUCACACCCAGUUGCAAUCAGACGUGCGACAAUCAAACAAAAACCUUACUUAUUUUCUUGAAACUCCACCCUUUUUGGAACCACAAUUUGGGACUGUCCUAAAUUAGGACCAUUGAGAGGUAUGAUGCUAUUUCAUGAGUGUAAAUCAAUAAAAGUUUUCUUUAUUUUUAA